AUGAGUAAACCAAGACGGUGUUAUUAUUUUUAUCCUGAUUCUAAUAAACAUUGUGAAUGCAGAAAACUUAAAACUAUUGAAGAUGAAGAAACAUGUAAAAUAUGCAAUCAUGAUGAAUCAUGGCAUGAACAGUUAUGUGAAAAUGAUCUCAAUCAUACUCCACAAACACAAAAGGCGAAUCAAAUUGCUAACAAUAAAGAUAUUGAGAAUUUUUUAGUCACCACUCAAAAUAUUAGAUCUAAUCUCAAAAUAAAUCUUCAAAGUCAAUUAAUGAAUAAUAGUUCACAAAAAUUACAAAAAAAUAAAGAAUAUAAAUUCACAUUCUUUUUUUUACCAAAAAAAAAUAAUAAUAAAAUACCAAAAGGAAAGAAUAGGGAAUCUAUGCAUGCUGCUGGAUUUGUGAAAGAAAUUGGUUUUCGAAAAAAAGACAAUGUGAAUAACAAAAUUAUAGAAGCAUUUCCAUUUAGUAAAGAAUCAGGAUAUAAUAUUUACAAAGUAGUAAAUAAAAAGGAUCUGGUUUUAUGUCACCCAGAAAAAAAUAUAGAACAACUAAAAAAUUAUCACUCCAUCACAAAUGAUACAUUAUCCUCAAUUAACUCCUCAACAAAUUAUCCUACAUACUCGAUUAUUGACCACUCUAAUAGUUCAAAUGUUGAUUACCCCUGUUCUACAAGAUCUAAUAUUGGAGUUAUUCUUCAUAAUGAGCUCAAAAAAUAUUAUAAUGCUGGAAAAAAAGAAACUAGGAUUGAAAUUGAUACUUAUGAUUUAAUAAGUGAAACAUUAUUUCAUUGGGCCUGUACUGCAACCAAGAUAGAUAUUUUUCAAAAUCCGUAUUUCAUUGUGCCAUCAGAAGAUGUUAUAGAUACUGGUGGAGGUUUUAGGGAUGCUACUCAUAAAUUAUGGGAGGAUUUAAGGAAUAAAGGAUUAAAGAACAAUUCUUUAGAAUUGAUUGGAAAUUACAUAUUUUUGGCAGAAAAUCAAACUUCAAUUGGUGAUAAAUUUGGUUUUAUUUUGGGGAAAUUGUUAAUUUGGUGCCUUUUGCAUGGUGGUGCCUGGCCAUCUUGGCUCCAUCCUAUGCAUUUACAUUAUAUUUGUGAUAAGAAUAUUAAUUAUAUUGAAAUCUUUAAAGAAUUAAAUCCAAAUAUAUACAAUUGCAUCAAAAAAUUAGAAUCAGGUGAUAACUCACAUUUUAAAGAUGUUAUUGAUUAUGCUAAACAUUACAAUGAGAAUAGAAUUUUUCAAAUCAAUCGGAAGGAUAUUGCAAACCAUAUUUCAAAAUUUGUAAUAUUGGAUAGUCGAAAAAAUGUAUUAGAUGACCUGAAGAAAGGAUUUAAUUAUUUUGAUCAAAUCCAGACAUUGAGAAACAUGAAUUUUACAAAAAUAUUAUCUGCUUUAUAUAUUAAAUUAGAAGGUAAAAUGGUCUGGUGCCAAUUUGAUCAUGUAUAUAAUGAAAAAAUCUUUAAAAACGAAAAGGCCAAAAGUGAAUUAUAUACUUUGUUAAAAAAUUGGGUUUUAAAUCAAAAUGAAACAACACUUGAUAAAUUUUUAAAGUUUAUAACUGGUUGUAAUCGUUUUCCUGUCAAAGAAAAAAUCAAAGUCCACUGGAGGGUUAGUAAUUCAAAAAAAAUGUUAGGACGUAUUCCAAUGGCAAACACUUGUUCCUGUGUGUUGAUUCUAUGUGAAAAUUUUGAAUUAUCCGAGGGUGAUAAAAAAGCUUUUGAAGAAAGUUUGGUGAUUGCAUGUGAAAAUAAUGAAGGAUUUUCAGAAUCCAGCAUAAUAAAAAUUAAUUAUGAUUACCCAAUUUUUCAAGGAAUGAAUCCAUCAACACCUCAAAAUCAAAACCAUCAACCUUUAUAUACAAGCAAUAAUGAUAAUUUACAAUCCAAUUUUUCUCAUCAACAACAACUACUUAAUACAUUUGACAAUUCACAAUCAUCAGCUAAUUCUAAUUUAUGUUUUCAACAAUCAUGCAAUAUCUUUGAUAAUCCACAAUAUAAUGUGUCUCAUCAACAAUUUUUUCCAAAUGUUAACUUAAAUUUUUCACAACAACCAUCCAACAACUUUGUUGAACCACAGUUUAAUGUUACUCAACCUUUAGAUUACAACUCAUUCUCUAGGCUCCAAAAUUACAAUACUUACAGUUAUAAUCCUUUAAAUCUAACUAAUAACCAGUGA